CUCAUAGAGUGUGUUCGUUACAAUAUACAUGUUCUUAAUAUAUUUUAAGUAUUCCUCUCUCUUUCCUAGCGCUUUCAGAAACAUAAGCACGUCCAGAAAAAUUAGAACGAUAAGCGCAGCCGGCGCUAAAAGAGGGCAGAGUGCGCGGCUAAAUUAUUCUAUUAAAUAAUGAACAGUAUAAACUAUUUGUCCUUUUCCUUUUUGUCUCGCUCGGUCCUUCACCUAAUGGUAUGGGGGGUUGAUUUUCACUCUUUGCAUUUCCUCUUGCCACAAUGACCUGCCGUGCAUUCACAUGCGCCAAAAAGAUAUAGAAGAUCGUAAUUCAUUGUCACUAAAAGGCAAUAAAAAACCUUACGGCGCUGCAAACAUUUCUGUUAUGUACUCCGGCUACGACUUACUCUCGUAUGUCGAAACGGUUGCCCUUGUGUCCAAUGCGAGUUUUCCAGGUGUCUACCAAUUUUAAAGCGGUCAUAUUAUCGUUAAUAAACUUAUCAGUUUUCGAUUAAAAGCUGAGUAUCUGUUAUCUAAUAGUCGAGACACUCGUUUUUUAGGCAUACCUUUAAAUCUAUACCCUGAUCAAAAAAAAAUUUUAGUUAAGCGUUUAAUCCCACCACUUGAAAUAACAUCAGCAUUGGUCAAUAUUACGAACCAAAUUUGUUUGUGUGUUUUUCCAAUAUACGAAUUUUAAUUAUGUUUUUCUUUUAACAGGGCAGUAGCGGAUAGUUUAUUUAUAAAAUUGCAAAAAAAAGCAAGCUUGAUAUGUUCCCAAUAAUAAUUUCUGCUUAUAUUUUCUAAAAUUUCUUCUAGUUACAAGCUGCAAACCCUGAGUUCUGGAAAGGUCAUUGUUGAACUUAACUUAAUUUUUCGGAAAUUCGACGAAUACGGUGUAGAGUUCAAGUAGCAAUGAAAGCAAUGUUAGUUCUAGCCAUGUGGUGGACCACAUACCAAACAUAUUCCAGUAAAAUUGGAACUUCGCUUAACUACAAUAACACAGAAUCACUGACCCCGACCACUUCCACGGAAUCCUUUGCCACUACAUUUUCUGCCAGCAGUGAAGCGGUCAGCUCCAUCAGUCAAUUGUCGGAGGCGACCAGCACACCUGGAAAAAAGUUUUCUUCUCGCCUACAACAGAAUCCAUCCACUUCACUGGAUUCCCAUGCGGAUGCGCAACCUUUGAACGCCAACCGAGCACCUACCCCGGAGCCACUUUCAAAUGUCUUUAUUACUACUCUGUGCUUCUGUGCUUCUUUCGCAGCAACACGAAACCCUUUAAGGCUCAGCCGCAGAAUAGCAAUUUCAAUUCAUUCAGCGUUCAAUUCGGCGUUGAAAUUCGGAGAGCCGCUACAACUAGGGCCGCCAGAGACCAGACAAUUGACUUUUUUCGAGAUGCCCGUCGCCUACGAAAGCCCCCAGUUUUAGCAUCCAAUCAGAAGCAUCUGCAAGAUUAUAGGCUCUUCCCAGCUGCAAGAGAGUCUCUAGAGCAUAUUCAAUCUAACUUUCACCUAUGAGCUGCUACCCAGGCCCCACGAUCUAGAGGAGCAGGAAGUGAAAGGACUGAUCGUUCAAAUCUGUCAGAAAGGAGAUGAUAAGUCAUUACAUAGCAUGGAGCGGCGAAAGGGCGCUCAACUGGAUAUAAUAGUGAAUAAAAUUGUUCUGCUUCUGUUUCACAAUUUAACGCAUAUCAUUGAGGCUAGAUUUUUAUUAGUGGAGGUAAAACUGGCAGAGGAUAACAACGAAGCUUUUUGGCAUCAGUACAGUUUGAAAUUCAUCACUCUAACCGACUCGCUGGCCAAGCCCACUUCUGGGCCUCUCGGUUAUCUAUCUUCUUCUCUUAUCUUCUUCACAAUGAUGCCACCGAAAAACAGCGACGGUAAGAGGCUUUUAAGUUAUUUUCAUACUAAUCUGAAUACGGAUGAAUUUUACUCGCUUUAUUUGCCUUUUCGGAAACUUCGAAAAAUGAAUUGCCGUCGCAAUCUGGACCACAAACAAGUCUUGUACUUCGGCGUGGAACUCUUUACCCGAUGUGAGCUGCACCAAGCAGAUCCUCGGCUUCAAGAAUACUUCCAGGGCCUGCAAACCCAUACAAGGAGCCAGCUGUUGCCUCACGAUUACAGUUACCUAGAUGACAUCGCCAUGAUGUUUGUUUAUUAAUAGAGCGCCUUAUCCGCGGGUCCUACUGAAUACUCGCCUAGUUUUCGACGGAGGUGUCCCUUCUUUUAAGCAUAUCUGUCAUGUUCUACCAAAUGCAGAAGAAGACUGAGUGGGGCAGCCGCAGUUAGGAUGUCUGGGAAACUUUGCCUCUAGGGUGAUUAAGCAUAUUACAAAAAGAUGUGUAUAAUUAAAACCAAAUAAAGAUAAUGUUUUUUUUUCGUCUUGCAAAAUAAAAAUACACCCAGAAAAAAUUACCUAAAAUGCCAAAAAAUGACCAAAAUUUAUAUUAAAAUGGCUUUUACCUGGAGAAAAGUCCAUGAAUGGCAUAAGCUAAAUAUUAUAUGAACAAAAAUGGUAGGUCACCAGUGGCCUAAAAUGUGGUUAAUUUUUCGCCUAGAUUUUAGGUAAUAGCCGUGUAAAAAUAGUAUAUUUACUAUAAAAAUCAUUUGUUUGAACUUACAAAACAUUUUGCGCCAAAUGCUAAUUUUAUGGGAUUGGCUCAGGGAUACAAGUGGUCCCGACACUUUUUUGUUCUCGCGGUUCAAAGUUGUAGUCCUGCCCAAAACGCAUUUUAUUUUUUUUCUUUUCAAAUAAAUAAGUCUGAUAUCUAUUUUAACUCAAAGUAAUAUCUUAAAUUGUUUAGAAAAUAUUAAAUAUGUUUUCUAAAAACUAUUGCCUUUCUCUGUCCCUGGCGGUUAUCCGAACCGGGAUCCUCUAGCAUCAGAGGCAGAGGCCUUACCAAUUGGGCCAUCGCACCAUGUUACGCGUGAACAUGUAAGUUCAAGUCAUAUUUAGAUAAUUAAAAUGUUUGUGAACAUUUUAAGCAUCCACAUAUUCUGUGCUGAUGAUGAUGGUCAUGGCAAACCAUCGAUUUUAAAGCGUUAACUAUAGUAUGAACUGCUCAGCUGCGUAUUGGUAUUUUUUAUUACCUUAAGUAAUUUAUUAAAUUAUUAUAAGCAUUACAAUUAUUAUUUAGAUAGUUACAGCACCAAUGUUUAACAGACAUAAUAAGUAAACAAAUUUUUUUACCUGUCGAAUGUAUUUAUUAUUUUUAUGUAAAAUGCAAUAAUUUUAGGGCCCACAAUGUCCUAUAAUAUUAGCUUAUUCGUGAUAAAAAAGUAGGGCAUUAGUCCGAAAAUUGGCACUGCAUGACUUACAAUUUUGUUGUAUAUAUAUAUUGGUUAAUUAAAAAGAUCUUUGGGUCAGUUUAAUGUUUAUAAUUAAAAUUUAUUGAAGGCCCGUUUGGGCAGUAUUUAUAAUUAAUAAUUGUUGAAUACCCGAUUGGGCAGAUCGAGCUCUGUUUUGAAACUGAAACUGUAAGAAAAAUUAAAUUUUCACGAAGUCUGCGGCCCGCCAAUCCUUCGUUUGGCUUGGAUCCUGAUGCUGCACAUUUUAGGCAACUCUUUUGCUGGACGAAUAUCUGUCAACGAAGCGCCUUGUGACUUAAACAUUCCGCGCUAGUAUCGGCCGGAUCGUGUAUCGCCGGCUGGAUUCCCGCUUACGCAAGCAUUCGAUGUUGGUACCAGGCCGAUGACCGUAGUCAGUUUUACUCCUUCCGGUUUCAAAUUAAGGCCGCCUUCGUUGAAGCCACCAGCACGGCUGGCCAAUGGACACACCACCGGCGUGUAUCGACGAAAAUCGAAAAAUAAUUUGGGCAUAAUUAAACACAGAACAAGUGGGAAUAAAUCUAAUCCAGGUGGGAAACUAAUGAAAAUAAGAAUACUGAAAACAGGAUAAGCGUACGUCUGCAUGUGUAAAUUGAUUUAAUGAAUACUCGUUGAGUUAAAAAAAUAAUUUUUUGCUUCAAUUAAAAGCAUCCGCUGUGAAAUAAAAUUAUGCUGACCGAUGCAAUUUAAUUGAAAAUUUGAACGCAAUAUGAUCUGAAAUUAGCACAAGUUUGAGCUUUGAUCGUGAGAGUUUGGACUUAAACAGAAGCUUGUUAUACUCUUGCAGAG